GAUGUGUGCGCAGUGUUUGCGCAGUUGCGGCUCGGAGGCCUUAUAAGGGGGCGGCUAGGCGCUCCCGUCGCCACACGUAGAAGUGUGUUCGUGACACGAUGAAGAUCCUGUUUGCGGCCCUACUGGCGUUUGCGGCCAUCCAGGCCUGCAGGGCGGCGGACCAGGUCCGUGUGACCGCCAAGUCGGUCGGCCUGGACGAGGAGGAGACCGCCAUCGUCAAUGGCUUCCUGGAGCUCGUGCAGGGCGUGGUUAAGGCCGGCGGCGACAUCGACAAGAUGUCCGGCACGCUCGCCAACAUCAAGACCCGCGUCGAGAAGAAGCUGAGGGACAACGGCGCCAGGUACCUGGACAAGCUGGCCAAGACCCUGACCAACGUGUACAUCUCGGAAGACAACGUCAACGCCCUCGUCAACAGCAUCAACAACAUGGCGGUGAAGGAUGGCGUCAGCAUUCCCAGCAAGAGCAGCGGCAGCAGCCGCUCCAAGCGUUCCCCGAAGAAGAAGUUCAAGGGCAAGGGCAAGGGCAAGAAGGGCAAAAAGGGAUGCGGAAAGUGAGCCUUUCGUUGAUUAAGGGACUGCCCCUCUCAUUUCUCUCAUUUUGAGACUUUUAUUUGUGUUUCAUCCCAGAACUUAAUAAAAACAUUUUUAUAAGCCCAG